AUGGCGGCGUCCUGGCGGAGAGCUCUGCUGGUGCUCUUGGCGACCCAGGCUGUAGCCCUGGCCCAGGCUGUGGAGGAAGAUGACGACGUGCCGGAAGAGUGGCUCCUCCUGCAUGUGGUCCACGGCCAGAUUGGGGCCGGGAACUACAGUUACCUGAGGCUGAACCACGAGGGUAGCAUCGUCCUGCGGAUGCGGAGCCUGAGCGGCGAUGCGGACCUGUACGUGUCAGACAGCACCCUCCACCCAAGCUUUGAUGACUACAAGCUGCAGUCUGCCACCUGCGGCCAGGACUCCGUGUUCAUUCCUGCGCACUUCCAGCGCCCGGUGGGGAUAGGCAUCUAUGGACACCCUUCCCACCAGGAGAGUGACUUCGAGAUGAAGGUGUACUAUGACCGGAUGGUGGAACAAUACCCUCUGGGCGACGCAUACUCUUGGGACGGUGCAGACACUGGUCAGAAGCGCGCCUAUACUCCGGAGGAGGCAUCGCAAGAGGAGGAAUCCGUUCUCUGGACUAUAGUAAUAAGCAUCUUGAAACUGGUACUUGAAAUUCUUUUCUGAUUCCUGGAGCAUGCGCUGGAGAGUAAUAUUACCCAUGAUUGGAAAAAGUGACUGCAGUGUGCUGUGAAUCUUGUUAACAUAUACCUGAUUGAAGUUCUAGCCACUUGUGGAAGAGGAAUGAAAAACUAAAGCCAUACGGUUUUGUUACCUCAGUUACCUCAAAAAUAGGAAAAAGGAGCAAGCACAGUAUUUCUUUCAAGAUCAAAAUUCUUGUGAAAGAAAUUCAUGCUCAAAAUGCUUAUAUUACUCCAUUCUGAUCAGUUUUGUCAGGUUUGAUCAAAAAGAUUAUUGCAGUCACCAAUCAGAAGGUUUGUAACUUUAUAAUCUUACUGCAGACAUUCUAAAAGUUCAGCUUGUUGUUUCUGGGAGUUCCCGAAAUCAGGUCAGAAAUCUAGUCAUUUAUUUACACCUCCUGAAACACGGGCUCAUGUUUUAAGCCUGUGCUCUAAGUAGGGAUAUGGUACCUUUAUCCAGACUGUCCUGGCACUAAGGUAUUUGCAAACAUUUUGUUCUGUGCCAGUUAAUGACAACUGUAAACACAACUGCACCAAAUCUUAUGAGCUGGUAAAUACCAGCUUAUUCUUGACUCACGUGGUAAAACUCUUUACAUAACUUUAUUUACUAGUUAUGGUUGGCCAGAAACAACACAAAUUAGAAAAAAACACUAACUUUUCAGGCUAAUGGAGAAAUAGAAUAUUUUCAGUUAGGUUGCUAAGUAUUUCUACUGAGUUUUGAAAAAAAUUCAAAACACUAUGAAAUAAAAUUCUUUUGGAAGAUCAACUAUUUCUCUACCUGGAAUUAGUCUCGAGAGUAAGAGUAGUUUAAAACAAAAUAAAUCAACUUGCAGAUUUUAAGCUCAUAGUUAAUUUCAAAAAUCUUUUAUUGGAAUAAAAAUGAAAAUGUAAAUUGGCACCACAUAUUGUAACAUUUGGGUCAAAAAACUAUUUUAUCCCUCUUUGCUGUUUUUCCCCCUUCUCCCCACUUUCCUGGGUGUUGGGGGAGCUCGCUGACAACAGUCACAAAUCCAGCGACCUAGGAGAAAAAUUGUUAGUUAAUAUACAGUGGAAUUUUACUUUCACAGGAUUGACUAUUAAUUAAGCUAUUUAAACUCCUUAGCUGUCAGUAAUGGUAAUCCCUGGCAGCUAUCUGGUGAGAAAAGUACUAAAUUCCUUAAAUAAAGGACAAAAGUUAAACAGUAAUCAAUACAAACAAUGCUGUAUAAAAUUCAGUGCAGGGUAAGAGUGCAAUGCUACACAGUAAUAUGGACCUUUAAAAAAAUUACUGUAAUCCCCCCUAAAAUUCAAACACUAUCAUACAAGUUUAAUGAUGCAAAUCAUAACAUAACAUCUCAAGUUUGACGUUUCAGCCUUUUGGUUCGAACAGCUAUCUCUCAAGUCCUCAUAUAUUGUGCUGAUAAAGCACUUUAAAACUUCAACAGCACAAUGAUAAGCUAUAUUAUAUACUUGAUCUAAAUUACUACACAACUCUGAAUAAGGUUGCUUGCUUCUAGAUGAAUCCCAGGAAACUUAGUUCUAAGCAUAUAUUUUAUAGAGUAUUAUACAGUGUUAUCUAUGCAAAUAAGUUAAGAAAUUACACGAUUAUUUGUGUAAUAAUUACUGUGAUUUACUCUAAUUCUGUUUUCAUUCUACAGUUACCUGGAAUUGUCAUGCUGCCUCUGUUUAUAGAAAUUUGUUCUAAUAUGUAUAAAGAUAUAGUAGUCACUUGAAGUUUCUAAACAGAUGAUGUAUAAAAAUAAAAUCAAAGUUUUGAAACAAA